GUGACACAAGUGAAAUGAAAAGUGGAUUCCCUUGUGAUUCCUUCUUUAUUAUUUUUUACUAAAAAUAUUAAUAAACAAUCUACAACGAUACUUGCAAUUAAAUUUCUUAGUCAAUUAUAAUCUUUUCUGAUACUUUUGAUAUAAAUUUACCAUCAAUUCGUCUCUGAAAACUGAAAAUAUCUAUUAAAUGUGACGGGUGAUAAAAGAAGUUUGUUAACUAUCGGUUUUCUGCAAUACUGUGUGUUUAGGCGGCCUAAAUAAAGGUCAACAGCUUGUAAAGGAUUCUGUAGCAUUCAUUGUGUGUGAUAUCAUGUGCUGGACUUACUGUGUACAGUUAUAAAAUUAAAUCAUGAGUUAUAAGGACAGCAACAUGGCUUUGGCAAAUGAAACUACCGAGAUGCUGGAAAAACAGCCACAAGAGUCGAGCACUGACUUGGUGGCUGUUCGAGUGCCGAUCAAUGGCAUGACAUGCCAGUCCUGCGUGCGGAGUAUAGAAAGUGGCGUUCGGGAGCUACCUGGCAUCGAAUACGUUAAGGUGGAGCUGUCGGAGAACGCCGGUUACUUCAGAUAUGAUCCGCGCACGAUCACAGUCGAGGCCAUCCGGUCACACGUAGAAGACAUGGGCUUUGAGGUGCCGACCGACACCGCGGAGCACGAAACUAGAAACCUGUUACCGAAGGAGAUCCCGACGGACCUGCUGAUCGACAUGUCGGGCGUCUCCGAGGACGACGAGGUCGCGCUCUCCGUCGUCGGCAUGACCUGCCAGUCCUGCGUCAACACCAUCGAAGGGGCUCUACGAAGUCAGCCAGGCGUGUCAUCAGCUCGCGUGUCGCUGAGUGCUGGAGUAGCGCGGGUUCGAGUCUCAGGCGGCGCGGCGCGGGCACAGCAGCUGGCUUCAGUUGUGGACGAGCUCGGGUUCUGUGCCAGUGUGUUGCAAAACGGGGAUCACGCGGAUUCAGCUACACAAAGCAAAAGUGAGGAGGGAUCUGGUGAUGGUAUCAAACCACCAUCUCCUGUCAAGAGUCGGACACAAGUUAAUGGCACGGGCGCGCCGGGCGAGGCGGGCGUGUCGCGCUGCACGCUGGAGGUGCGCGGCAUGACGUGCGCCAGCUGCGUGGCCGCCAUCGAGAAGCACUGCGCCAAGCUCUACGGUGUCCACUCCAUCCUGGUGGCUCUACUGGCUGCCAAGGCCGAAGUCCGGUAUGAGCCUCGCAAGAUAUCAGCCUCCGACGUGGCUGACUCCAUCACGGAGCUGGGCUUCCCCAGCAGCGUGCUCAGCGACUGCGAUGCGAGCGGACAGAGAGAUCUGCAGGUCCUGAUCAAAGGCAUGACGUGCGCGUCGUGCGUCAACAAGAUUGAGAAGAGCGUACUUAAGUUGACCGGAGUCGUCUCAUGUACGGUCGCCUUGACUACUAGCAAAGGUAAAAUCAAGUACAAUGCGGAACAGAUCGGUCCCCGGACGAUAUGCGAGGCGAUCAGCAAUCUCGGGUUCGAGGCCAGCGUCGAGACCCCCAACAACAGAGGGACUACUAACUAUUUAGAACAUAAGGAAGAGAUCCGCAAGUGGCGGACCGCGUUCCUGGUGUCGCUGGUGUUCGGUCUGCCGUGCAUGCUGGGCAUGGCGUACUUCAUGUGGGCCAUGCGCGGCCACAGCGCGCGGGACAUGUGCUGCGUGCUGCCCGGCCUCAGCCUCGACAACCUCAUCAUGUUCCUGCUGUCCACGCCUGUUCAGUUCAUAGGCGGCUGGCAUUUCUACAAGCAGGCUUACAAAGCCCUGAGACACGGCACUUCCAACAUGGACGUACUCAUAUCUAUGACGACUACUAUAAGCUACGUAUACUCAGUGGCCGUGGUGAUAGCAGCCAUGUCGAUGCAGCAAGAUACGAGUCCCGUCACGUUCUUCGACACGCCGCCGAUGUUGCUCGUGUUCGUCUCGCUCGGCAGGUGGCUCGAGCACAUCGCUAAGGGUAAAACAUCAGAGGCUCUCUCCAAGCUGUUAUCCUUGAAGCCGACGGAGGCUGUUCUGGUGACCCUCGAUGAUGAAGGGAAUCCGGUCAGCGAGAAGAGUAUCCCAGUGGACUUGGUUGAGAGGGGGGAUGUGUUGAGGGUUGUCCCCGGAGCCAAGAUCCCGGUCGACGGGAAGGUGCUCAUCGGUCAGAGCACCUGCGACGAGUCUCUCAUCACCGGGGAGUCCAUGCCAGUGCCGAAGACCAAAGAUUCAGUAGUAAUAGGGGGCAGUAUAAACCAGCAUGGGGCCCUGGUGGUAUCAGCCACCCACACUGGCGAGGCCAGUACCCUGGCCCAGAUCGUCCGGCUGGUGGAGGACGCUCAGGCCAGCAAGGCGCCCGUGCAGAGGCUCGCCGACACCAUCGCUGGGUACUUCGUUCCACUAGUGGUGUUCCUGUCGCUCCUGACGCUGAUCUGCUGGAUCAUCAGUGGCGCCCUCAACAUCGAGCGGAUCAAGUUGAUAACACCGAGCAUGUACCUCUCAGCUGGCUACCUAGAAUGGGAGCUGAUCAUCCAGACCGCCUUCCACUUCGCGCUCUCAGUCCUAGCUAUAGCCUGUCCCUGUGCCCUGGGCCUGGCGACCCCCACAGCCGUGAUGGUGGCUACCGGAGUGGGGGCCAGGUUGGGGCUGCUCAUCAAAGGCGCUGAACCACUGGAGAAUGCUCAUAAGGUGAAGACUGUGAUCUUCGACAAGACCGGGACGAUCACUCGCGGCAGUGCUACAGUGGCUAAGCUGUCGCUACUGACCGGAUCAGCGACCUCGCUGGGUUCCGUACUGGCCUGUCUGCUGACCGCUGAACUGAAUUCUGAACAUCCUGUGGCUUCUGCCAUCGUCCGCUGGUGUAGCGCAGCCCUAGGCGGGGCGAGCGGGCUGUCGUGCGUCAGCUUCGUGGCGGCGCCGGGUUGCGGCCUGCGCGCGCGUCUGAGGGGGCCCGGCCCGCCGCCCGCCGCCACGCAACACUACUGCCACGCCGCCAGAGCGGGCACCACGUUCCUGGUGGAAGGUGUCCCGGUGGAGGUGGUCUCCGCGGGAGGGGACGCCGCUCUCAGCUCGGCGCAGGCCGCCGCCAGGCUCCACUCCAUCAUCAGGACUGACGUGCCCGGCGGAGAGGAAGUGGAACAGGUCGUCCUGAUAGGCAAUCGUGAGUGGAUGUCACGUAACGGCGUGCCAGUUCCGCGGCGCGUGCAGGAGGCCCUGCAGCAGGACGAGGAGCUCGGCAGGACCGCCGUGCUGGCCGCUAUCAAUGAUCAGCUAGUCUGCACCAUAGGAGUGGCAGACGAGGUGAAGCCGGAAGCCCACCUCGCGGUCUACUGCCUCAAGAAGAUGGGCCUGCAAGUGUGUCUGCUGACGGGAGACAACAGGAAGACGGCCGUGGCUAUUGCUAGACAGGUCGGCAUCAACAAAGUAUACGCCGAAGUGUUACCCUCACACAAAGUGGCAAAAAUCCAGAAGUUGCAAGAACAAGGGCAGAAGGUGGCCAUGGUAGGGGACGGUGUCAACGACUCACCGGCGUUGGCGCAGGCGGACGUCGGCAUCGCCAUCGCCAGCGGGACCGAUGUAGCUGUGGAAGCUGCUGAUCUCGUGCUAAUGAGGAACGACCUCCUGGACGUCGUGGCCUGUCUCGAGCUGUCCCGGACGACGGUGCGGCGCGUCCGGCUCAACUUCCUGUUCGCGUCCGUGUACAACCUGCUCGGGAUACCGCUCGCCAGCGGGGCCUUCGCUAUGUUUGGGCUGCAGUUACAGCCGUGGAUGGCGUCGGCUGCGAUGGCGAUGUCUUCCGUCUCAGUCGUCUGCUCAAGUUUGUUGCUCAAAACCUUCAAGAAGCCAUCGAUCGAGCAGCUGCGUUCAGCUGAGUACCUGCAGUCGGUGCACCUGCAGGACCUGGACUCGGUGUCGGUGCAUCGCGGCCUGGACGAGCGUCUGGAGCCGGGCGAGCGGGCCGCCUCGCCGCUUGCCAAAUUAUUCCACCGCAGUAAGCCAGCAGAUGGUUGUCUUCUACAAGAGGAAGACGACCUGAUGACAGUCUCCUUCAUCCCGAAGAGGCGCCAGGAACCGAGCAUCAACGGUUGACGGUAACCAUGGCAACCGGCAACACACGGUAAACAAACACAUGACCAUAUGACGUUGGUAGUUGAUCGGGUGUAGACAUUGUAAACAUUGUUUACAGAUGAUCAAAUUUUUGAAGAUUUUGUAAAUAUUUGUUUUAUGUUAGUGUAAAUUUUAAUUAAAUUUGUAAAUAUUAUUAAUGUUUUAAGGUCUCAUAAUCUACUUUUAAUAUGAAGUACUCGAUUUGACGUAAAGUUCAUCAAAUAAUAUUCCACAAUUUUCACACAACGCCAUCUAGUCUCAAACUAAGCAAAGCUUGUGUUAUGAGUACUAGAAUCUUACCAUUUUUUUCUACAAAGAGUGUACAUCGACUUUCCUAACUAUAAUUUCAAUACUAGACACAGCUAAUAAAACAGAUAUUUACAAAUCGAGAUCUAAGUGUAUAUCAACUGUCAUUUGCUUAUGGAACCUGUCUAAGACAGUUUUUUAGUUCGAGCGCUCAUUUAAGUCUAGACAGUCUUAAGACAGAGUUGUCGCGAAUUAGACAGUUUAUAAAUUGAUUUGUUUCAAGUAUGUCUUGAUAUAUUUUUUAAAGCUAUUGAGUAAUUAACUGAAAAAUAAUGAUUAGUCCAUAAUAAAUACUGGUAAAUAAUUCAACUUUACAAAGAUAAAUAUUAGAGAUGAUGUAUUGAAAUGGGGGCUAGUAAUGUCAUGUGUUGCUUAAAAGAGCACUGAUAAGUGAUGUCACACGAGAUUUCAUGCUUAACUUAUUUUUUUCUUAACGCAAUAAAAAAAAUACGUAACCGAUAUUCUUUAAAAAUCUAUCUUACACACUAAUUAAAUUUUUCAGUCAAAUACCUAAUUGUCUCAUAUCCACCAGUAGGCAGUCAUAAGCUGAAUGGAUAGAUCGAAAUUGUCUUAAAACUGUCUCGUCUUAAACAAGCGUUGUUAGUGGUAUUCCGAUGGAGUUGCGAGUGAAGUGUUUCAGUGGGAUAAGACUGAUGUGAUCGUGUAAAUAUACGAAUAGUUUGACGUAAAAACAGCUGGUUAUGUGAUAUGAUUAGUAUUUUUUUUAAGUGAGGGCAAACAUGAAAGAGUUUUUGUUUUGAGAUUUCUUCAAGUUCAAAUGGUUGAGAUAAUGUUGAAAUUAAAUAUAAAGGCAGGAGAAAUUGUUGAUUGACAUGUAGGCUAAAUGUCUUGAAAUCCGUCUAGCUAUGUCUAGAGAUAGUUUUAUUUUUUGGGAAUGUUUUUUUUUU